GCAUUCGCUAAAUUAAUGAAAAAGAAAAGACAUAUAUAUGUAUUUUAAAUAUGCAAAUAAUACCUUAUAUCAUAAAAGACAAAUUAUUUGUAAGAUACAUAUUUUGUUUCUAUUAUUAAAAUUACUCACAUAUGUACAUCUAUGUAUAAGAAAUGUUUCCACAAAGUUGGAAUUUGAAAUAAACUGGAUAUACAUAUUUAUAACAAUAAAAAUAACAUAUUUUUCUACUAUGUAAACUUUAUCAUUAUUUAAGCUAUCAUUUUGCAUAUUCUAUCAGUUCGUUUGUAUUUAAUGGACUCAUAAGUUGGUUUUCGCUUUCAUUGAUAAGUAGUAAGUCAUUUCGGCAGUUUUGUUAAGUAUAGGAUUAAUAUUGUCAUACAGAUUUCAGAAAUUCUUAAGAAACUAAAGAAGUUAAACUCUUUUUUGGCUAACAAUUUCUAUUCUGUAAAUAUAACAAAUGUAGAAAAUAAAGAACUGGCAUUUAUAUCGAAUAGAGAGAUUAGAUAUCAAUAGGGGGAAUAUUUGUUGGAAAUUAUAAAAAUGUUAGAACCAAAAAUUGCUGUAUAUUAGCUUAAAUCAUAUUAGCUCACAUUAUGUUAGCUGAAAUGUAUACUAGUUCAUUGACGUGCAAGGAACUGUUUAAUAUACAGGCAUGAAUGCAUAGAGGUAGUAAAAGAGGGGGCAUUAAUAUAAAGCAGCUCCAUUCUUCAGCAGAAACAAUAUUAGAAGAGUCAAUGCACUGUCGAGGUAGUGCAAAAUCUAGUCAAAUAAACAAGCUAUUUGCUGUUUUUGGCAAUCAAGAUUAAUAUUUCCUUUUAUACCUACAAAAAUCAGAAGAGCGACAUAAAUACUUUUAGUUUAAAAUGUGUGACGACGAUGUAGCAGCCUUAGUAGUAGAUAAUGGAUCAGGGAUGUGCAAAGCAGGAUUUGCAGGAGAUGAUGCUCCGCGUGCUGUAUUCCCUUCCAUUGUUGGAAGACCUAGAUAUCAGGGAAUCAUGGUUGGUAUGGGACAGAAGGACAGUUAUGUGGGAGAUGAAGCACAAAGUAAAAGGGGUGUUUUAACUGUUAAAUAUCCAAUCGAGCACGGCAUUGUAACAAACUGGGACGAUAUGGAAAAAAUAUGGCAUCAUACAUUCUAUAACGAACUAAGAAUCGCUCCGGAAGAACAUCCUGUUCUAUUGACCGAAGCUCCUUUGAAUCCUAAAGCUAACCGAGAAAAGAUGACACAAAUUAUGUUUGAAACUUUUAAUUCUCCAGCAAUGUAUGUCGCUAUACAAGCGGUUUUAUCGCUUUACGCUUCAGGGCGCACUACAGGCAUUGUUCUAGAUAGCGGAGAUGGAGUUUCACACACAGUACCGAUUUACGAGGGAUAUGCGUUACCGCAUGCAAUUUUACGUAUGGACUUGGCCGGCCGCGAUUUAACAGAUUACCUCAUGAAGAUUCUAACGGAAAGAGGAUAUUCCUUUACUACGACCGCGGAGCGUGAAAUUGUUCGAGAUAUUAAAGAAAAAUUGUGUUACGUUGCUUUGGACUUUCAACAGGAGAUGGCUACGGCGGCUGGCUCAAGUGCCCUCGAAAAAAGCUAUGAAUUACCGGAUGGUCAGGUAAUUACUAUUGGAAACGAACGUUUUCGGUGUCCAGAAGCAAUGUUUCAGCCAAGCUUCCUCGGCAUGGAAUCAUGUGGAAUACAUGAAACCACUUACAAUUCAAUCAUGAAAUGUGACGUCGAUAUUCGUAAGGAUUUAUACGCCAAUUCGGUCUUAUCGGGCGGAACCACUAUGUAUCCAGGUAUUGCGGACAGGAUGCAAAAGGAAAUAACGGCACUGGCUCCGUCUACAAUGAAGAUCAAGAUAAUCGCGCCUCCAGAAAGGAAAUACUCGGUCUGGAUCGGUGGUUCGAUCUUGGCCAGUUUAAGCACCUUCCAACAAAUGUGGAUUUCUAAGCAAGAAUACGACGAAUCGGGUCCGUCUAUUGUACACAGAAAGUGUUUCUAAUUCUCCUUUCAAAAAGAGUUUUCAAGAGGUUUCAAAAGAAAUUUGACUAUAUUCAAUUGAAAAAUUAUAAAUCGAUAUUGUGUCGUAAUAAAACUAACUUACUCUGUAUGCAAAAUUUUACAUCACAACGCGUCACCUAAUAUUUAUUUGAAAACUUCGAUUUAUUUAUAGGAUAAUUAAUUUCUAACAUUUAUCAGAAUGUUUUUGUAAGAAAUAAUUUUAUUUAUUUGACAUUUCUUAUUUCUAAAUUAUAAUUUCUAUUAUAUACAGGUCAUUUCAUAAGUUGCUAAUGGACCGUACCUUUUUCUCCUCUUUACCUCUCUCUCUCUCUCUCUCUCUCUCUCUCUCUCUCCUUAUUCUUAUUAUUUUAUACAUUAUUUAUUUUAAUAUCUUUUCAUUUUGUUUAGAAACAAACAGAUUCGCAUACUAAUAUAUGAAAUACAUUUAGAAUGUAAAUGCUCUUGUACCUCUAUGAUAGCCGAAAUAUUCGACUGAAAUUAUAUUCCUAAUACUAUUAUGUAUAAUCUUAAGCAGUGGUCCACUACUUAUGGAACGACCUGUAUGUAGAGCAAUAAUAUGUGUACUAUAAUAUAUAAUAUUUAUAUAUAGUACACAAUAUAAUAAAUAUAUUUUGUAAAACACGCAUACAGUCAUUCAUUCCCUUAUAUAUAUGAUUCAUUUAUUUUAAUACCUUAAUAUUAUACAAAAAUAAAAAAUGAAAAAAGUU